ACUCGAAAAAUUGAUGCAUUGGUAGAGCGAAAUUUGGGAUCCAGUUGGAAUGCCCAAAUUCAGAAAGUGAUUAAGUGCUAUACGCGCAUCUUGUUAAAUAAAUAAAGUUAAAUAAAGUGAUAUCUCUAAUUUACAUAAAAAGUUAAUAUUUUUGAAAACAGAUAAAAAUUUCUACGAUGUUUAAAAAAAAAUAUAGCCCGGAAUACACGGACCUAAAUACCUGCCGCAACGAUUCCAUGACCCAUUUCCAACCAGAGUGUGAGCAACCCCCGUUAAUAGUUCAAAGCUGUUGCGAAUAUUGCCAAGGCCAAGAGGCAUACGAGAUCGAGGAACCCGCUGAACUUCGGAGAGGUCCGUUUGUUAACCAGGACGGGUUCCAGGUGGCAAUAGAAGUUAAACCGUUCAAACGGGACGAACUCACGGUGAGGGUCGUCGACCAUUAUAUAGUCAUCGAAGGAGUGCACGAGGAACGUGAAGAGGACUAUGGAUUGGUUGCUAGGCAUUUCACAAAGAAGUUUCAAUUGCCGCAACAAUUCGAUCCAAAAGACGUUGUGUCCUCAUUGUCGGUAGAUGGUAUUUUAACUGUUAGGGCUCCGCAUCCACCGGGAGCGGCUGAAAAAUGGCAGGAACACGAUGUUCAUAUUCAAUUAGAGGCAGACAACGAUCCUGCUGAAGAUGAAACCAGGGAAGAGAGCAAGUGAAGCAAACGAGCAAAUUUAAGUUGAAAAUUUAAUUCAUUUUUAUAAAUAAUAAACAAAACAAUGUUAAAUACAAUUGAAUCUUAUUAUAGAAGCCUGCUAUUAUACUAAAAUAAGUCAUAUUAGAAUAAAAAAAUCGAGCUUA